UCAUGCUGCUGCCAGGUCCAGAGUCUCUCAUGGGUCCCUGUACGGCCUCCCAUUGCUGCUGUCUCCAUCGCCACACUCUGCCAUGUGCCACUUUCAGGUCUCCUCACACUCCUGCUGGUUUCCAUUUUUUGUCAUAGGUUGCUGGCAGAUUACAGGCCUCCCAUUGGUGCUGCCAGGCCCCAAAUCUGCCAUGGGCCCCCGUACCGCCUCGUCACGCUGCUGCUGGGUCCACAGUGUGACAGUGUGCGGUGAUUCUAAGAUCGACGGCACUCAUCUGCAUGUCAUACUGAGUGACAGUAUUAUUUCUCUUCCCCAGCAGACUCCAAGGGCAUUUAAA